AUGGCAAAUUUCGCCCCACCACCAUUACCACCACCUUCACAUAUUACUGAUCUAGAAAACGGGUACGACGCGGGGUGGAUACAUGCCAAUUCCAGAUUACCGCCUGGGUCCAUGAAACUUGCGCCCAUCAACCCUAACUCGAGUCUUUUUGGCGACCACCGCCGGCCAGAGUACGGUGUAUCUCGGAGUGAUCCGAUGGCGUUGGAUGAAUUAGAUGGCAGACAAGGUAGUUUACCCGCUGCAAGGAGUCCUGAAGCGCAUAUUAAAAUUGAGCCACCUCCUCCAGCCGAUGAAGGUUUCCGGAAUUCAAUCGGUAACCCUGGGCUGUUUCUAAAAGGUGAACAAGACUUCUCCCGCAGAAGCGUGAAGGACUCAUCGCACGCCUACGACCAACAUCUCUUGUCCAAAAUUGGAAAACCAGUCUCCCCGCGCCAAUCCUUGAGCAUGGGGACAGAAAACAAGGGUUCUUUAUCGACUCUACCGGUUCCCUCAAGAGGCUUCUCGAGUUUACCUUCUCCGGCUGGUUCCGAAGUCCAGUCUCUCGACGUACGAUGGUCUGGCAGUUCCCAAUCUGGCGGUAUAUCCCCAAGUACUAAGGUAGCCUGGAGGGACUACAUUAGUCGUCGAAGCCCGAGCGUCGAAAGCAACGCGCCUUCAUCUACCAUAGACUAUGAGCAUCACUCGCCUUUCUCCCGCGGUAGCCGCCGUGGGGGCGGAACUACACCCCAAUAUGACGAUUUCUCCAGCCUUCCCAGCCGAUCGAAUCGAGGAAGCUACGACCAGAGCGUUGUUUCGGAUAUGGAAGGCGAAUUCUCUACAGAUGAAACGCUACCGCCCCGAUUGUUCAGUGUCCGAGAAGCGACGCCACCUUACUUAGCGCCUUCUAGGUCUGGUAUUAAACGAAGAGCAUCGUCACCCCCUCGCGAGCCUGUAGGCAACGACAAACAUCAACUUCACACGACAACCAGCAAUGGAGAUCUUUCUCAACGGAGAACAACGGGACAUCCGUUCACCAACAACCUAUCGGUAAAUAGCUAUACUCACAGCUAUGGAAGUCUCUCAGCUGCGUCAUCCGUAAGCCAUCGAACCACAGCAUCAUAUUCGUCGGCUGCCCCUUCAAUAGGCAGCAGUAUUACUACAGCAUCGACGUAUGACCGCUCGCCUACAGGCUUGUCGCCGAAGUCUGAUCUUGACGCUUUUCAUGAGAAGUCGCCGAUUAACCCCGGCUCAACCGCAGGAUUAUCCGCUCAACUGGUUGCACAAACUAUGCAGGAGCCUGCUUCUCUCGAUCCUUCUAGUGGAAACACUCCAAGGAAGAUGUCGUUCAAUACGAACCUGAAUGUGCCCAAGCCAACAGCAGCCAAGAUUGGUGGGUUGUACAUCUGUGACUGCUGCCCCAAGAAGCCUAAGAAGUUUGAUAGUCCCGAGGACCUUCGAUUUAAGAAUAAGAACGAAGCCGAACGCCAUCAGAACUCACUGCACCUUCGGCGUCAUUCUUGGUCGUGUGCUGCGCUUCCGGGCUAUCAAGCAGCGUUUCAUCCAUCUCCAUCCUCAACCCAGUCAGGCUCGGGGGCAUCCCACGACAGCUGUGGGUACUGUGGUGAAGAAUUUCCGAAUUUCCCUCAACCGGAUUGGGAUCAGCGCUUCGAGCAUCUCACCGCGGUACAUAAGUUCGGGGAAUGCAACAACUCGAAAAAGUUCUUCCGUGCAGACCACUUCCGGCAGCAUCUCAAACACAGCCAUGCAGGAACUAGUGGGAAAUGGACCAAUAUAUUAGAGAAUGCGUGCAUGAAAGAAGAAGCUCCGCCCGAACCUAUCAAUCCACCAAACAAGAAAAUCAGUGAUACUCUCCAGGACUGCUGA